AUCCCCCCCACCCUUCUCAUGGCUUCCACCCCCCCCCUCCCACCCCCCUGCCAAAAACCAAACAAAAAUAAAACAGGACACCCCUCCCACCGGCGCCAUCACCCCCCCCAGCUCCCGGAGCAGGCGUCCCGGGCCUUAUUUUUUAUUUUUAGCCGCCCGCCAUCCCCGGGGACCGCGGCGGCGGCGGCCCUAUGCAGCGGCGGAUGGGCGAGGCGGUGGCCAGGGUGGCCAGGAGGGUGAACGAGGCAGUGGAGGCCCGCGAGGACGCCCUGGACCUGGCCGACUGCAAGCUGGUGGCCUUCCCCGCCGGCAUCUACAAAGCCAUGAGGAGCGUCGCCGAGGGCAUCCACCGCAUCUCGCUGGCCAACAACGAGCUGAGGGCCCUCGCCGGCCGCUUCGCCACCACCUUCAGCCAGCUGCGAGAGCUCAACCUGGAGGGCAACCUCCUGCACCGCCUGCCCGAGGAGCUGGGGUCCCUGCUGCACCUGCGGGCCAUCAACCUCGCCCGCAACAAGUUUCGGCGCUUCCCCGAGCCCCUGGCGGCCGCCCCUGCCCUGGAGAGCAUCGACCUGGAAGGGAACGAGAUCGCAGAGGUGCCGGUGGAGGUUCUGGCCUCCAUGGCCUCCCUGCGGAGCCUCAACCUGCGCGCCAACCCCGUGUGCCCCGACAUGCGCCUGCUCGUCCGGCCCCUUGUCCCCUUCGAGCUGCUGCUGUCACCCGAGGGCGACGUCCCCGAAGCCUGACACGUCCUGCCAGGUGGAGGAGCAGCAGGACCUCCCCACGGCCUCCACCUGCUGAUACCGCCCGAUUAAAUGUGUGUUGCACGCA